AUGUCCACACUACCUCUCAUCAUAUUCAAGGCCGGUAGUGACAAUUUAUUCUCUCAGCGUGCAUUGGCUGCAUUCUGCACCGACGCCUAUCGUACCUUCGUCCUGGUUGAGAAGAUUGGGAAACUGGGAUCGCUUACUCUGCCCCGGGUUCCUCCGUGCUUCGCUUCGUACACGCUGUUGAUUGCGGUGUCUCAUCCAGAUGGCGCUGCCCAUCUUUACGGCCAGCAUAACUAUACGACCUUCUCACAAGGAUGUAGGGCACAUGUGCCUUGGAGCAAUUGCGUGUUGCGUGACCAUGAAACCAUCACUUCAUCGGCCGAGCGAAGCUUGCAUCUCACUAGCGCUCCCACUGGUAAUUUUGUCAGCUACGUGUGGCAUCAAAUAAUCCCCUCUCCCAACCUCCUCUCCACUCACCGUUGGAUUACUGCUGGGUGGAAAAAAGAGUGGAAGGGGCUGCAGCUGCUUGAGAAUGGCGUGGAUUGUCAUAAUGAUCCAAAGUGGCGACGAAAUGGAACAGCUGCUUCUGCUGAUGCUCCAUCAGCACUCUGA